AGCGCAUCUCAGGACUUGCCCGUCGGGCUCCCAAAGAAAUCUACCAAUCUACUUGGGCGCGGCGGCGGACCUCGGCGGCCGCGCCGCCCGCGCUCCGCCCGAGAGGGCCUCGGGGCGAGCCCAGCGCCUUUGCUGCGAUGACGCCCGUGCUCCCGCGCCUGCUCCUGCCGGCGCUGCUCGCCGCGCCGGCGGUGCUCCUCUGCGGCUGCGGCAAGAGCGGCGGCUCCGCCGCCUCCGCGGCCGACGAGGAGAUCCCGGGCGCCGAGCCCAACACGACAAGCCAAGCUGAGGGGCAGCCUGGCGGCGGCCCCAUGAAGCGCCAAGCUGGGGGGCAGCCUGGCGGCGGCCCCAUGGCUGAGGGGCAGCCUGGCGGCGGCCCCAUGAAGCGCCAAGCUGGGGGGCAGCCUGGAGGCGAAGAGGCCCCGGCGGCCGCGAAGCCCCGCGUAGAUCCCUCCACGUGGAGCGAGACGAAGAAGAACACGCUCAUCACCAUGGAACCCACAUCCUGCAAGAGCUACGCGGGCAAGAGCCGCGGCAAGAUUAGGACCUUUUUCGGCAUCGGCGACAACAGCUACCAGGCUGAGGUAGAUAAGAUUGGCAAGGUGUGCGGCGACUACGCUUCGCUGCAGAAGCAGGCCCAGAAGAAGAAGAAGGAGGUCGAGAAGCUGAAGACUGAGUUGAAGAAUGUCGAGGCCGAGCGCGACGACUGGAUGAAGGCCAUCCGGGAGGCGGUCGGGGAGAUCAAGCGGAAGGGCAGUGCGAUCGACGAGGUGGCCAGGCUGCUAGAUGAGCACGAGCAGAAGCGCGGCAAAUGAGCGGUGCCCUCAUCUCCCUGCCCCUCCGCUCGCUCUGCCUCACCCCCCCCCCUCCCCGCAGGCGAGCGGAUCGGAGCACGGAAGCAGUCAGCUUCUGAGGCCCGCGGUCGGUUUGCCCACCAGCUCCGGGUGGAAAAGAGGUUGUGCUACGGUG